GGACCCCGCGCGGUCACAGGGCCCCGGGCACACCAUGGCCGACGCAGACGAGGGCUUUGGCCUAGCGCACACACCCCUGGAACCUGACUCAAAGGAUCUACCCUGCGACUCAAAACCAGAGAGCGCGCUAGGGGCCCCCAGCAAGUCCCCGUCGCCCCCGCAGGCCGCCUUCACCCAGCAGGGCAUGGAAGGGAUCAAGGUGUUUCUCCAUGAAAGGGAGCUGUGGCUGAAAUUCCACGAAGUGGGCACGGAGAUGAUCAUAACCAAGGCCGGAAGGCGGAUGUUCCCCAGUUACAAAGUGAAGGUGACGGGCCUUAAUCCCAAAACGAAGUACAUUCUCCUCAUGGACAUCGUCCCCGCAGACGACCACAGAUACAAGUUUGCAGAUAAUAAAUGGUCCGUGACGGGCAAAGCGGAGCCGGCCAUGCCGGGCCGCCUGUACGUGCACCCGGACUCGCCGGCCACCGGGGCGCAUUGGAUGCGGCAGCUCGUCUCUUUCCAGAAGCUCAAGCUCACCAACAACCACCUGGACCCGUUUGGGCAUAUUAUUCUAAAUUCCAUGCACAAAUACCAGCCCAGAUUACACAUCGUGAAAGCGGACGAAAAUAAUGGAUUUGGCUCAAAAAAUACUGCUUUCUGCACCCACGUCUUUCCUGAGACGGCCUUUAUCGCGGUGACUUCCUACCAGAAUCACAAGAUCACCCAGCUGAAGAUAGAGAACAAUCCCUUUGCCAAAGGAUUCCGGGGCAGCGAUGACAUGGAACUGCACAGAAUGUCAAGAAUGCAAAGUAAAGAAUAUCCCGUGGUCCCUAGGAGCACAGUGAGACAAAAAGUGGCCUCCAACCACAGCCCUUUCAGCAGUGAGCCUCGGGCUCUCUCCACCUCCUCCAACUUGGGGUCCCAGUACCAGUGUGAGAAUGGUGUGUCCGGGCCCUCCCAGGACCUUCUGCCCCCACCCAACCCGUACCCGCUGCCCCAGGAACAUGGCCAGAUUUACCAUUGCACCAAAAGGAAAGAUGAAGAAUGCUCCACUGCAGACCAUCCCUACAAGAAGCCCUACAUGGAGACAUCGCCCAGCGAAGAGGACCCGUUCUACCGCCCCAGCUACCCCCAGCAGCAGGGCCUGAGUGCUUCCUACAGGACAGAGUCAGCCCAGCGGCAGGCCUGCAUGUACGCCAGCUCCGCGCCGCCCAGCGAGCCGGUGCCCAGCCUGGAGGACAUCAGCUGCAACACGUGGCCCAGCAUGCCCUCCUACAGCAGCUGCACGGUCACCACCGUGCAGCCCAUGGACAGGCUACCCUACCAACACUUCUCCGCUCACUUCACCUCGGGGCCCCUGGUCCCCCGGCUGGCUGGCAUCGCCAACCACGGCUCCCCACAGCUCGGAGAGGGGAUGUUCCAGCACCAGACCUCCGUGGCCCACCAGCCUGUGGUCAGGCAGUGUGGGCCUCAGACUGGCCUGCAGUCCCCUGGCAGCCUCCAACCGUCUGAGUUCCUCUACUCCCAUGGCGUGCCGAGGACCCUGUCCCCACACCAGUACCACUCUGUGCACGGGGUUGGCAUGGUGCCGGAGUGGAGUGAGAAUAGCUAAAGCGAGGCCCGCUCCCUAAGAGACAUUUGCUAGCGAGAGAGAGGAGACAGAGAGCGCGCGCUCGCGAGGGAGAGGGAGAGAGACAGUCACAGAGAGAACCCCACGGACAAGAUCCUCCAUUUCACCCCAUG